AUGAAACACGCAAAAUUCAGUUCACAGUCGUUGAAUCCUCAUCCAUUUAACAGCGCUACAAUGGUGUCCGAUGGUGAAAACGAGCCAUUUCUAACACUCGAACACGAACAUAAACCUCAGCCCGAUUGUUUUGCUUCAACCAAAAGCAGAAAGUUAAAACGCUGCAGAAGCGCCCCCAUGGUCGAACUUCCACAAGGAUCCAAAAUCGAACGCCUGAUAGAAAACCCAAAAUCCAUCUUUGAUCAAAUCAAUCCACAUCUCACGAGGGUAGCCAUCUACUUAUUCAUAUACCUGAGCAUAAGCACACUCUGCUUUUACCUCAUGAGAAACCAGAUUUCCGGAGAUAAAACAAACGACAUUCUCGAUUCGAUCUACUUUUGCAUCGUAACAAUGACCACCGUCGGAUACGGCGACCUUCUUCCAAACAGCACCACCACAAAACUACUCGCCUGUGCUUUUGUAUUCACCGGAAUGGCACUCGUCGGAAUCAUUCUAAGUAAAGCCGCAGACUGUUUGGUUGAAAAUCAAGAGAUCUUGCUGGUGAAAGCAUUUCAUUUGCGUAAAAAAGCAGGAGCACUGGAAACCCUAAGAGAAAUGGAAACCAACAGAGUGAAAUACAGAUGUAUAAUCUUGUCCAUCUUGCUUAUCGUCCUCAUAGCUUCCGGGACAAUCUUUUUAACCACAGUUGAGAAAAUGGAGUUUGUUGAUGCGCUUUACUGUGUUUGUUCCACCAUUACAACUUUAGGAUAUGGAGAUAAGAGCUUUUCAACAAUAUAUGGACGUGUUUUUGCUAUAUUUUGGAUCUUGAUGAGUACCAUAUGUUUAGCUCAAUUGUUGUUUGCUUUUGCUGAGUUGUAUACUGAAACUAGACAGAGGUCAUUGGUGAAAUGGGUUCUUACAAGAAGAACAACAGCUGCUGAUCUUGAAGCAGCUGAUCUUGAUGAUGAUGGGGUUGUCGGGGCUGCUGAAUUUGCGAUUUUUAAGUUGAAAGAAAUGGGAAAAAUUACUCAAGAAGACGUUUUGCUUAUUUUGGAAGAGUUCAAGAGUCUUGAUGUCGAUGACUCUGGGACUUUGUCCCCUUCUGAUAUUUAUCUUGCCCAAUCAUAAAGAUGAACAAGUUUAAAAGGAAUCAUGAAACUCCUACUCACCUUGUUUCAAUUUCAUGUAUUUUGGAGCCAAAAGUUGUAAACAUAUUUGUUUGUGUAUCUUCUUCUAUAAAUGUUGUAAAAAGCAAGUAAGAUCUUGCAUUUUCUUUGGAAAUUUGUAAAAAGUAAUAUACAAGGUUGAUGUUUGAUGGUUAAUUAAAGUCAUCUGUUUUGCCUUUUAUUUUCACUCCAUGAGG